UUUAUUCUUUUAUUUAAAUAAUUGGCCAAUAAUGUUACACACUACGAUAUACUGCGUGUAUAAAUCUCAUGUAUAUGAAUGAGAGUUGUUUUAAAAUAACAUUUCCUUCGAAAACAUGUGAUACAGCGUAUAGCAUACAGUACAGCCACAGCCACAGAUGAUACACAUAUCUCUUGAUGUAUCAUACAGCAACCAGCAACAGCAACAUGUCGCUUGUAUGGAAUCCAUCUAAGAAACACAGCGAACGCGAGAGGUGGGUGUGCAUUUACCCAAUAUAUUUGAACAGCAAAAGGAGUUUGAAGGGCGGACGAAAGUUGACCAAAGACAAAUGCGUAGAGAAUCCAACGCAUCAGGAGAUACGGGAUGUGUUGGUAGCAGUGGGCUUUAAUGUAGGCGUUGAGAAUAAGCUACAUCCGAAGGAACGCAGCAAGGAACCUCUGUAUCGCGGUCGUAUUCGCGUACAGUUGAAAAAUGACGAUGGUACACCGAUACGAUCCGAGUUUCCCACUAGAGAUUCCCUUUUGGCAUAUGUCGGAACUACAAUUCCAAAGUUAAAGACUCGUCAGGGCAAACAGAGUUCUAGCGAGCAAGCAUCGCAGUCGUCCUCAUCGACAUCGAAGAAAGGAAAAGGCAAGGGAAGGAGGUAAAGAAGAGGAUUUGGAACCAUUCAUAAUGUGAAAUGGUUUUUGCUUAUAUUUUUCAUUAUAUGAAACAUUUGUGUUAUGUGUAUACAUACAUAUAUAUAUGAUAUAUGAUUUAUUUACAUUUUAAUUCUAUAUUGUUUUUAUAUAAUAUAUAAAAUAAAAUUAAAAUAAUUAAUGCGAUUCAAAGUUUAAGAGUAAAGCUAGUAUUUUACCAAGUUCUACUAUCAUACCUUACAAAUCUGUAUUAAAACCUAAAUUACAA